AUGUCUGGCUCUAAGCAGGAGACAGUCAGCCCUACUGCCUAUGUCGCUGACGAAGACUUCGAUGAUGAGGCAUACUAUGAGACUGCCGAUUUCUACGGCGAUGAUGCUGAUGACACACAGUAUGACGAGGUGUUUGAGUCCAACGACGUCCUUGAGUUUGAGGACGCCUAUGAACAUGAAGACGGCAUGACGGCGGCCGAGGACUACUACCCAGACUAUGAUCUGCCAGAAAACAACGACCCUGAGGAAGAGGACGCCAUUGAGCAAGAAGCACCGCCACCAGAUCCCGACGGAGAUCAACCAAUGGCCAUCGUUGACGCAGCGGAUCACUGGGACGUCUCCGAAGACGGCAUCACUUGGUUUGUGAUGCAAGAUGACUGGACUGAAGAGACUGCGGGCCGCGAGAUGCCCUACAACUGGCAGCCGGGCGAAACCUUUGAACAACUCAGAGCACGAGUUGACAGGCAAGAGACAUUGUCUCUCUACCAGCCACACCAUGGCAUGGUCACCUAUGGCCCCAACAGAGAGACCUUUGCAAGAGAAGAACGACCACACAAUACCAGCACACCUUACCACAGAGCAACGCAGCCUGAGGAGAAAGACAUCACAGAGCAAACAUACCACACCUACGAUAACAUCGACCUACUGUCAGACUCCAACCAAAGUCUCCCACCUGGAUGGCAUAUCAUCAGCGAUGGCACCAUUGAACUCGGUGCAAGUCGGCAGCAAGCAGCAACUUGCUUCUACACAGCAAGCAAUGGCCACAGCACAUACAUUGUGGAAACGCAGACAACCAGGGAGGAUCCUGACCUCCAGCAACAGCUGGAGCGAGUCCAGCGGCAGCUUCAGCACCUGGAACAACAAUACCAGCAAGAACACCACAGAUCCCAGAGGCUAGAAGAGCACCUCAACCUUUUCAAAAGGAAGUAUGCCACCGAGCUGGAAAAGAACAAGGAGAUACAUCUUCGUGCCAAGGAAGCACGAGACACGAUGGCCGCUGAUGUUCUCAGCCGCCAGACAAAAUUCAACCAAGUUGUGGACCGUCACGUUGCAGCAGGAAUAGAAAAGGCAGCCAACAGACCUGUGCACUUUGCACCCCACGGUACUGUGUGGCAUGCAGACCCACAGUGUGAAGCCUUGACCAGGCCAAACACGACCAAGUUCAGCAGAAGACCUUGCAAGGUGUGUGCCCACACUCUAGCACCACGAAUUCCAGAUGGAGAAGUGCGAGAAGUCCUAGCGAGAUGCUUCCGAGACCAAUCGCUCUCUCGAGCUAGCACUGACUGA